CCGCCCCCCUGACGUCAGCCCCCGACAGCCGCGAGCUCCUCACUUGGCUCUCUCCUUCCGUCGGGGAAGCAUGGGGCUGCCCAGGCUGGUCUGCGCCUUCUUGCUCGCCGCCUGCUGCUGCUGUCGCCGCGCCACGGGUGUGCCCGGAGAGGAAAAACAGCCUGCACUCACACCAGAACCGGUGGAGGUAGAAGUGGGCAGCACAGCCCUUCUGAAGUGUGGCCCCUCGCAUUCCGCUGGCAACUUCACCCAUGUGGACUGGUUUUUGAUUCACAAGGAGAGGCAGAUACCCAUUUUCCGUGUGCGCCAGGGCCAGGGCCAGAGUGAACCUGGGGAAUAUGAGCACCGCCUUAGCCUCCAGGACUCAGGAGCUACUCUGGCCCUGAGUCAAGUCACCCCCCAUGAUGAGCGGAUGUUCCUGUGUCGGAGCAAGCGGCCACGGCUGCCGGAUCACUCCAUUGAACUUCAAGUCUACAAAGCACCAGAAGAGCCAACCAUCCAGGCCAAUGCUGUGGGCAUCCAUGUGGACAGGCAAGAGCUUAGGGAGGUUGCUACCUGUGUGGGGAGGAAUGGGUACCCCAUUCCUCAAGUCAUCUGGUACAAGAAUGGUCGGCCCCUGCAAGAGGAGGAGAACCGUGUUCAGAUUCAGUCAUCCCAGAUCGUGGAGUCCAGUGGCUUGUACACCCUGAAGAGUGUUCUAAAUGCACAGCUAGUGAAGGAAGACAAAGAUGCCCAGUUCUACUGCGAACUCAGCUACCGGCUACCCAGUGGGAACCGCAUGAAGGAGUCUAAGGAGGUCACUGUCCCUGUCUUCUACGCUGCAGAAAAAGUGUGGGUGGAGGUAGAGCCCGAGGGACUACUGAAGGAAGGAGAUCACGUGAAAAUCCGAUGUCUGACUGACGGCAACCCUCAACCCCACUUCACUAUCAACAAGCAGAACUCCAGCACUGGGGAGAUGGAGGAAGAGGCCACUGACGAAAAUGGUAUCCUAUUCUUGGAGCCUGCCCAGAAGCGACACAGUGGGUUCUACCAGUGUCAGAGCCUGGACUUGGAAACGAUGGUCCCCCUAUCAAGUGACCCCCAGGAGCUGCUAGUGAACUAUGUGUCUGAUGUCCGAGUGGAUCCAGCCGCCCCUGAAGCCCAGGAAGGUGAUAGCCUCACACUGACUUGUGAGGCAGAGAGUAACCAGGCCCUUGAGUUCGAGUGGCUGAGAGACAAGACAGGCCAGCGACUGGGAAAGGGACCUGUUCUCCAGCUAAACAACUUGAAACGGGAAGCAGGGGGACGUUAUCUCUGCAUGGCAUCUGUUCCUAAUGUUCCUGGCUUGAACCGUACACAGCUGGUCAGCGUGGGCAUUUUUGGUUCCCCGUGGAUGGCAUCAAAGGAGAGGAAGGUGUGGGUACAAGAGAAUGCAGUGCUGAAUCUAUCUUGUGAGGCUUCAGGACAUCCUCAGCCCACCAUCUCCUGGAAUGUCAAUGGCUCGGCAACUGAAUGGAACCCAGAUCCACAGACAGUAGUGAGCACCCUGAAUAUCCUUGUGACCCCAGAGCUGCUGGAGACAGGUGCAGAAUGUACAGCCUCCAACUCCCUGGGCUCAAAUACCACCAUUAUCAUCCUCAAGCUGGUCACUUUAACCACCCUCACACCUGACUUCAGCCAAACCACUGGCCUCAGCACCUCCACAGUCAGUCCUCACACAAGAGCCAACAGCACCUCCACAGAGAAAAAACUGCCGUCGCCAGAGAGCAAAGGUGUGGUCAUUGUGGCUGUAAUCGUGUGUAUCUUGGUCCUUGCUGUACUCGGUGCUACCCUCUAUUUCUUCUACAAGAAGGGCAAACUGCCAUGUGGACGCUCAGGAAAACAAGAGAUCACGCUGCCCCCGACUCGUAAGAGUGAAUUUGUAGUUGAAGUUAAGUCAGAUAAGCUCCCAGAAGAGAUGGCCCUCCUACAGGGCAGCGACGGUGACAAGAGGGCUCCAGGAGACCAGGGAGAGAAAUACAUCGAUCUGAGGCAGUAGCUGACUCACCAAUGUUUCCUGCUCCCUGCUCAGUCUUGGUCCCCUACAGACCAGGUCCAGAGAGGCAAGAGUUGGGACAAGAGCCAUUUGGAGGAUCUCAUUUGGCUACGGAGGCCUGGUUUUGGAGACCAAGUCGUCCUCCUUUGUGACCACUGAGUGAUGCUUAUCCCAAGUGACUGGGGGCUUCAGUCUCCCAGGAGUGGGGAGGGUUUUUUUAUUUAUUUUUUUCAUUUUUCAAGUCAGGGUUUCUCUGUGUA